GGGCUAUUUCACUCAGGAGACCCAAUUCCUCCUCCUCUCAAAUCUGUGAAGUGUCAGCUCUAGAACUGUAUGGUAAUUGAUAUUCAUAUUACAAACAUCAAGAAAGAAAUGCAAGAGAAUGGAUGUUGUGGGAGCGUUCUUGAGAGGUGUAAGCCGUACAUAGCCAUGAUCUCCCUUCAAUUCGGAUACGCUGGCAUGAACAUCAUCACUAAGGUUUCCCUCAACCGAGGUAUGAGCCACUAUGUCCUUGUCGUUUACCGACACGCCUUCGCCACCGCCGCAGUCUCUCCCUUCGCUCUUGUUCUCGAGAGGAAAGUGAGGCCCAGGAUCACAUUCCUUGUUUUCAUGCAAAUUUUCGUUCUAGGACUUCUUGGGCCUGUGAUUGAUCAAAAUCUGUACUACGCGGGAUUGAAGUUAACUUCCCCAACCUACUCAUGCGCUGUAAGCAACAUGCUUCCCGCAAUGACAUUUCUCCUGGCAGUUAUCUGCAGGAUGGAGAAGGUGGACAUCAGAAAAGUUAGAUGUCAAGCGAAGGUGAUUGGAACGAUAGUUACAGUUUCUGGGGCUAUGUUGAUAACACUGUACAAGGGCCAAGUCAUCAACUUUUUCUGGUCUCACUACAUGCGUCACCCUAGAGACUACACUCCUUCUAGUGAUUCUGGGGACAAAGAUUGGUUCAAGGGCUCUAUUCUGCUUAUAAUUGCGACCCUUGCCUGGGCUUCUUUCUUCAUCCUUCAGGCGGUGACGUUGAGGACGUACUCGGCUCAGCUCUCGCUCACGUCACUCGUGUGUUUCAUGGGCACGCUGCAAUCAAUGGCAGUCGCGCUUGUUAUGGAACACAAGCCCUCUGCUUGGAGCAUUGGGUGGGACAUGAAUCUGCUAGCCGCAGCCUAUGCUGGGAUAGUAUCAUCGGGCAUUGCCUACUACGUUCAGGGGGUCGUGAUGCAGAAGAAAGGUCCUGUUUUCGUGACUGCAUUCAGCCCUUUGAUGAUGAUCAUUGUAGCUAUCAUGGGCUCUCUCAUCCUGGCCGAAAACAUCUACCUCGGAGGGUUGAUAGGGGCCGUGCUGAUCGUUGUGGGUCUGUACUCGGUUCUAUGGGGAAUAUACAAAGAGAACCAGGAGGCAGAGGCAGAGGCAGAGACAAUCUCAGAGGAAAUAAAGGGGCGUUCAGAAAUUGGAAGAAUGGUGCAAGUGAAGGAAGACAUUGAAACGAACUACAGUGAGAUGCCAAGUGUUGAAGGUCCUGUAGUGAUAGCCAUUAGUGUUCCCAAAGCUUAACGCAACAGAGAAGAGACAGCACAGAGAAUAACAGAGGGUGCUUCGCAUGAGUGAGGGAAAGAGACAGAAAGGGAUUUGAGGGGAAACGUUUUUUGCGCCUUUAUUUUUUUCACUGUCCUCACCUUUAAUCUUUCGUCAAAAAACUGUUUGGUACAACUUGUAAUUAGCAAAAUUUGAAGAAGUUAAAGGAAAUAACAGUGUCGGACAUGCAGACAUACUAUUUCUUAGCA